CCGUACAUGCCUAAAUUGAUGAAGAAGCCCUAGUUCCCCCAACUUCCCAUCACAUUCGCGAUUUCCCCCAUUCACCAAGCCGAUCAGAGCGGCAAAGCAGCGAUGAACCCCAACGCCAGCCUCCUGAUACGGCGGAGCUCCUCGAUCCUCUGGAACGCGGCGGCGCAGCGGAACGCCGCCGCCUCCUCCAUCUCUCGCGCCCUUCACUACGACAAGCCCUUCGACGACGCCAAGCCCUUCGACUUCGCCGAGGAGGAGGAGGAGGAGGAGGACCGGCUCCCGGCCAGGCGGCCGGAGCCGAAGACCCUCUACCGGUCCAUCCUCCGCAUGACCCGGUUCUUCCAGUGGCCCGACCCGCGCGGCGUCCCGAUGAGGGACGUGCUGCGGGCGAAGGCGCGGAGGGAGUUCGAGGCGGCGCGGCUCGAGACGGACCCCGAGGUCGUGGGCCGGUUGCUGGACGGCGCCGGCGAGGCGGUGCACGCUGCGCUCGAGGAGGUCGCCCAGGGGCAGAGGGAGAAGAUCGAGAGGCUCGCGGCGGAGAAGAAGCAGGCCGAGCAGCAGAUGGAGGGGCAGCGUGCAGAGGGACAGUGAUCGCGUGGGUUUUUGCUGAUCGGAGGAUGAAUGCGGUGCAAAUCAUGAAGCCUUCAAGUUUUUUUCUUUUCUCUUGCUUUCUUUUCUUUAUCCUCGCCCUUUAGCCUUAACAUGAAGAGGGUGAUCAAAUACCUUGCUGUCUUUCUAUUGAACGACAUGAUCGUGCUAUUAGAUUGCAGCUCAGGUGUUUGUGGAAUUUACUGAACGAGCUUCUGAAUUAGAUUGCAGGCGCUUCUGACUUGGGGUGCUGUAAAUAACUAAAUUCCCCGUGAAUGAAUCGUUGCACUCUGGUGUUUAUGCAUUUUGUUAGCAUUUUGACUGAUA